AUGCGUGUUCUUGUUGUUCUUGAUGAUGUGGAUGAUCUAAAACAGUUGAAAGCCUUAGCUGGAGAGCAUAAAUGGUUCGGUCCUGAUGAAUUCAUCGAACUCUUGAUGCUCUCACGCGACAUGAUCAAGUAUGCUAAGAACGUUCCUUUAGCUCUCGAGGUUCUUGGUGGCCACUUAGCUGGCAAGAAUAAACUUGAAUGUCAAGACGAAUUGCAUCAACUUAAAAUAUCUCCUCCAAGUGGAAUUAAUGACGUGCUUAAAAGAAGUUUUGAUGGACUUGAUAAUCCUUUUCAAAAAGAUAUGUUUCUUGAUAUUGCAUGUUUCUUUAAGGGGGAGGAUAAAGAUUAUGUUGUCAAAGUAUUUGAAGGUUGUAGGUUCUUCCCACAUGCUAAUCUAAGAGUCCUCAUUGAUAAGUCUCUCAUCUCCAUUUUAGAUAAUAAACUUUGGACGCAUGAUUUAGUACAACAAAUGGGAAGGGAAAUUGUUCAUCCACCAGAAAGUGACCCAGGCAAAUGGACCAGAUUGUGGGAUCAUAAUGAUGUCUAUACUUUGUUGGCAAACAAUAUGGUGGCACAAGAACUUGUGGGCAUAAUCCUAGAUUUGUCUAAAAUAGAGAAUUUGCAUAUAAAUACCGAAUUCUUCAAGAGGAUGACCAAACUUAGAUCGCUUAAGGUUUGCUAUGCUCACCAAUCUGGAGGCUUUGAAUACCUUAUCCAAAAACAGCCCUUUGCUAAUAUCAGUCUCUUCAAUGGCGCAAAUGGAGCAAGAGUACCUUUAGACUCAAAUGUGACUCUUUCUAGGGACUUUCUUACUUUACCAAAUGGUUUACGAUGCCUCUGUUGGCAUGGAUAUCCCUUUGAAACUUUGCCACUUCAUUUUUAUCCACAAAACCUUGUUGAACUUAAUAUGUCAUAUAGCAGCAUAACAGAGUUUUGGACGAAGAGGAAUGUACCAUUUCAUUCUUUUGCUGAAUUUACUAUUACUGGAAGUGAAAUUCCAGUGUGGUCUAAGUUGGGGUUCAAGGGUUCUUCAGUGGGAAUAAAUGUGCCUGGAAAUUGGAUUGACAACACUUUGAGGGAGGUUCCAAGAUCAUGUGUGGUUGCGUUAUUUCCCAUCAUGUACAUUCAAGACGACAAGAGUGCUGGACAAAUCAACUUAUCUCAAGGCUUUUCUUCUCACUCAUGGGGAGAACUUGCGGGCGAAAAAGUGUGGCCUAUUCCCCAUGUGCUGGGACGAGAGCUGGGUCGAGAAAUUAUUGGCUUGAACCCUGGAAUGAAGAUUAUAGAGGGACGACCACAUAAGGAGAAUGAUGAACGUUCUCACUGGCAAUUUCUCAAACAAUUUUAUGCUGAGAGCACUUGA